GACGUUCCCCAAUGUCGCGCAUGUACUUCUGGGGCACGUCGGGACCCAUCGCGGGUGGUAGCGGUAUGGGGGAUAGGUGUCGCAGCCUGAGAUCGCGUCGGGAAGCAGCAGGCGUGUCGGUCAAGAGGUUCUGAGGGAUCCCAGAGCGGUGUUCAUUCCCCUCGCUGAGGAUGGCUAUGGGACUUCCAGACGACGAGAAUACCGUCGUCAGAACUGAGGGGGGCGAUGGCGAUGGACGCAGGACGCAAAACGCGCGGCGGGGACAGCGCGGUCGGGAGUUGCCGAGGACCGGCGGCGCGGGGCGGAAGCCGGCGGACGACGUUGGCGACAUAUUAGGGCUCUCUGACUCAUACUCUGCGCCUCCAAGCACAAUAACAUUCAUCUCUUCUGCAGGGGAACUUCGCGGGGACGCUAGGGAAGACCCAGCGGGCGGCACUCUCCUCUUUGAGCUUCCCGCUGCCCGAAACACGUGUAUUCGCAGGGACAAGGCCUCUUCGACUCAGGCACCCGCGCGGGCGCUUCUCGUCAAAACCUUCCGACUUUGGCAGGUUUUCUCAUCUUCCCGCGACCCUGACGGCGUGAGAGCUGAUUACUCGCCGGCUCUCGCCCGCGAGUCUCGUGCUCUCGGAUCGUUGCCUGGCCCGGCCUACCCGUCGAGGGCGGCGCUUCGCGCCGCUAUGUCCUCCUUACCACGUCGUUUCGUCGACGUCGCGCGCGACAACACUGCUUCCCGCGCGCAGGCCGCCGAAGUCGAUGAGUAUAUGGAUCUUUGUCUCAUGAGCGGGUGUAUUCGACCGUCUCGCCGUCGCCGAACCCUUCCCCGCUCCCCGCCGGCCUCGAUUCCGCCCUUCGAAUAUUCAGAGAGUACUUCACCCUCAUCGACGCACGCCUCGAUCAAGGACGAGUUCAGCGCUGAGGCAAUAAAUCUUCGUCCGUGGCGCAGCGAACAAGAUCUUGGCAGCGCCAUGGGUCUUCUGCGCGAAAUGAGGCCGGAUCUUCCGUUGCGGGAUCUGGGCGUUUCCGUCUGCAGAAAAUCCGGCUUCACUUCGGGCACGACCCUGGCCUCGUCGACGAACUUCUCUCGCGCUCUCACAGUUCACGAGCGAUGCCCACUCGCCACUCCUACGCCUCAAAUUGGCGCCGCAGCAAGGAAGCUUUUUCUGACGAGCGGGUCGAUUCGGAUGCGCCGAGGGGACUUUACAGACCCUCGAGGCAACGUUUUGCUGUCCCGCGAGCGAGGCAGUCCUGUUCCACCAUCUGCGCUUUCGUCCGCAGCACGCACACGUCGUUCAGCCCUCGCCAGCUCCCACUACGCUUUGGCACGCCCCUCCGUCUUGUGCAAGGUCUACUCCUUCUCGCGCGAGAUCGGCACUUCGUUUUCAAGCUCAAAGUUCCGCUAUCGCGCUUAUCGGCACGUUUGCUGCUUGAUAACUCGCGCUCCACCUCAACGACAGUCCUUACCACCUCGGCAACCGUCUCUUCCUCUCGACAUCAGUCUCACACCGAAAGAAGCGCUGAAGCAACAGAAAUUCGUCCGCCGAGCGGGCAAAUAG